AUGUUUGAAAGGUCUAAAAAUAAAUUAACUUUAACUUUCUACAUGCAUCAGGGUCAGGAGAAAUGGAAAUGUACAAACGCAGUAAAGACCAUCCUUAUGUUUGACCUAACACAGGGAACUCUGGUAGAUUCUGAAGCCACGCCCACAUAUAUUUCACCCAAUCAGAGUGAAGAUGCUCUCGACUCGUACAUUGAUAUGAAUAAUAGUGCAGUAUACGUGUGUUCCCAUGGAAACUGCGGAAAAAGAUUUAAAACGAAGUAUAUGAUUUCGCGUCAUAUGAAAAUACACUGGAAGGAGAAACCGUUUGCCUGCAGAUUUUGUGAUUACAAGUGUGCAAGAAAAGAUUAUCUUAGAGUGCAUGAAAAUUUACCAGUAUUUCCUGUUCUUCUGACUUGUUACCCUCAUGCAAUUGACAAGAAUAUUACAACCAGUCUGGCAAUUACUCCAAAUGUAAAACCAGCCGAGCCAAAAAAUGUACCAAUCGGCACACCGAACAGUUAUGGUUAUACAUGCAUACGUGUUGAUGGACUGAUGGUGUUCAUAUGUGAAAAUUGUGGGAAACAGUUUGCGACAAAGCAGAAAGUGGAGGUCCAUUUGUUAUCACACUCGAAAGAAAAACCGAUAUGUUGCCAGUAUUGUGUCUUCAGAACGGCAUACAAGUCUUCAUUGCAUUCACAUAUGUUGAUAAAACACGCUGAUCGCAUGUGA